UAGAUAUUGAUAUUAAUUAUUAAUGGAAGUUGAUCCCACCAAAGCAAGAGGAUAUGUUAUCUCAGAAGAUGACUUUCAAUUUACAGAAGCCCUUUGCAAAUUGUAUCAUUUAUGCAUAGGCUUCAACCAGGAUCCUCUUGAUGAAGAUGAUUUCAAGUUUACAUACGAAUAUGAUGAUGAUUUCACAACUUUUCCAACAAUUUGUCUUCUUGCAAUGGGGUGCAUUCACAUGAAAAUAUUUGAAACCCCUGGACUUCCUGCACUCAAGCCUCAACAACUUCUUCAUGGAGAGCAGAUCGUCGAAGUAUUUAAUCCCAUUGUUCCAGGCUCUACAAUCAAAUGUGUUGCCACUAUAGAAGAUGUAGCUGAUAAGGUCAAAGGGAUGUUAAUCAUUGUCAAAAUUGACAUUCUUGACCCUGAAAACCCAGAAAUGCAAUACUCAAGAUGAUACAUGAACUGAUAUGUUAAAGGAUAUGGAGGAUUUGGCGAUAAGGGUGUUCUAGAUCUUAGGGUGCCUUCUCCUCCAAUAAGGACUCCAGAUCAGACUCUAGAAAUUUCUACCAAUGAGAAAUUAGCUUCACUAUACAGAAUCUGAGGAGAUCUUAACCCCUUACAUAUGAUUCCAAGCGCAGCUAAAUCAGUUGGAUUUGAUAAGCCAAUCCUUCAUGGCCUUUGUACAUAUGGGAUACUUUCAAGGGCCGUAUACAAGACUUAUUGUCAAGAGGACCCAACUCUUAUCAAGAGUGUCAGUGCUAGAUUUUGAUCCCAUGUAUUUCCAGGGGAGACUAUCAAGAUUGAUCUUUACAAAGAAGCGAAUAGUGUAUUCUUCUCAGCCUCAACAAAAGAGAGAGGCCUAGUUGUUUGUACUGGUGUAGUAGAUCUUACCCCUCUUGCUAAGAUUUAG